AUGCUUAGAAAUCCCAGAAAAGGGAUUUUCGUUCACCAAUGUAAUAAUUGUAAAGAACAACAGAUGCGUAGAGAAGAAUAUCUCUUCAAGGGAGGAGAAAGUGGAAUAUUUGUACUAACAAUAGAGUUGUGCGGUGAUGAUUUGGACAAAAAUAUUGCUCUUGCUGAUUUCUAUGGGCAAAACUGGGGUAGGCAAAAAAUUAACUUUAUUGUUUCAAAUUUAAGGAGAGCGUGCGAAUGGAAAAACAGAAGAACACGUGGAAGGGGGCUCACAAACACAAGAUUCUUUGGAAAAAGGUAA